GAAAAAACGACGCAAUUUAUCGCCAUUUUGUUUAUUAAUUUGUCUAUUGCGGUGUAAAAUAAUUUUAUUAAUAUUUUGUGUGAACAAGCGAGCUUACAACAAUGGAUAAUACGAACGAACAGUUAUUGAAGCGUCGUUCUGUCCUGAAGGGAUGCCUUACGAGGUUGGACAACAGUUUGACACCAGAAUUUCUACAAACUGCGUCAGCGCAAAUGUUGAAAUUAAAAGAAGAACGCGCACAAGAAAUUUUUCAUGAAUAUAUGGAAUUGCUGUCACAAAUCGAGGACGAUGACGAUGAUGAUCCCACGAAGAUGGAAGAUAGAUACUUCCACUGCAUGGACGUGCUCCGAGUAAAACAACAACAGUUGUCCACGCUGUUAAAAAGUGAUUCCUCCAAUCGCGGCAUAAGUGCUCCAGUGAAGUUACCAAAUAUUAACAUACCCGAUUUCAAUGAUUUUAUAAUGUACCUGGAAGCCAGAGCACUCGCAUUCGAGAACUCUGACAACGGCAGAGCAACAACAAGUGGAUGUCCACCUCCAAGUAGGAGCCAAGGUGAAUUUAAAGUAGCUAAUGUAGCCUCCAAGGAAGAGAAACAAUGCCUCUUCUGCAUCGUUGCUGCCCCAGCCUGAAGAGCAGCACAAGUCCAGUGAUCCUGCACAGCCGCGCCUGGUUGCGACAACCUUCGGCUAUGUAGUUGCAGGCAACAUCCCGGAGCAACCUCGCCAGAAUACUGCUGUCUCCCUAUUUUGUCAAAAUUGUGAGUCCGAUAUUAGCAGCACAAUUAAUAAGUUUUGGCAAUCAGAGGCUGUCCCGGAAAUAUUCACUGAACAUACGUCUGAACAAGCAUACUGUGAACAGUAUUUUAAAGACACUGUAAAGCUAAUAAAUAACAAGGUUGAAGUCUCCAUGCCCCUCAAAAUCCCCAUAUAUGACAUAAAUAAUACACUGGGCGAUUCACUAGGCUUAGCAUUGCGAAGAUUUCUCAAUUUGGAGAAAAGACUUCAAAAAGAUCGCUCUCUAUUUGAUGAAUAUCAGAAAUUCAUCCAUGAAUAUAUUGACCUCGGUCAUGCAAGUUAUGUAGAUAUCACAAGUUAUGAUCUAUCACGAGAUGCGGUGUAUUUUAUGCCUCAUCACCCCGUCAUUCGGGAGAAUGCUGUCAGCACACGCCUGCGUACAGUAUUUGAUGGAUCCAUGAAGACGUCAAACAAAAUUUCAUUAAAUGAUUUAAUGUUAAAUGGUCCUGUAGUCCAAAACGACUUGUUCGACAUAUUAGUGUUGUUCAGACUUAACAGGUAUUUUUUCACAUGUGACAUCAGACGUAUGUUCAGAAAUAUAUCCAUAGAGAAAAGCCAACGAUCAUUACAAAAUAUUCUAUGGCGAGACAAUGAUAAAGAUCCAAUUAAAUGUCUGCAAUUAAAUACUGUCACAUACGGGUUAAAAAACUCGUCAUUCCUAGCCACAAGAUGCUUGAAUGAGCUAGCAGAGAGAUAUAAAAAUGACUAUCAAUUAGCAUGUCCAGUAAUAUUAUCAUCAACCUAUGUUAAUGACAUUUUAUAUAGUCACAACAAUCUCAACACAAUAAUUCAAACUAAAAAUCAACUUGUUGAAUUGUUAAGUAAAGGGAGCUUCACUCUACACAAGUGGUCAGCUAAUGAUGCCAAAAUUAUAGAAAAUAUUCCUAUAGAGCAGCGGUAUUCUGGAGAGAUUACUCUUCAAAAGGACAUCAAAACGUUGGGUCUAAAUUUUAAUGAAAAUUUAGACUCAUUUACAUUCUCUCCAUUGCCCAAACAAUCUGUGAAAACUAAAAGACAAAUCUUAAGUUUCAUAAGUCAGUUUUAUGAUCCAUUAGGAUUAAUUGGACCGAUUUUUGUCAAGGCUAAACAAAUAAUGCAAAGUCUUUGGAAGUCCAAUACGGAUUGGGAUUCUGUUCCUCCAGCUGAUAUACAGAAGGAAUGGCAAGCCUUUUAUGAUGAGUUAUCAAGUAUGCCUAAAAUCUCAAUCAAGAGAAAUACAUGUUUGUAUGAUAAUAAAAAAAUGCAAUUAAUUGGUUUUGCAGAUGCAUCUAACGUCGCAUACGGCUGCGCAGUCUACAUGAGAACAGUGAAUAGCAAUGAUGAAGUGAGCAUGUCCCUGUUAUGCUCCAAGUCGCGCAUUAACCCCGCGAACAGUACAUUAACCAUACCUCGACUGGAGCUCAACGCAGCUCUGCUCUUGGCUAGAUUAAUGUCUCGAGUCUACAAAAAUAUCAAACAACAUCAAACAGUUCAUAACGUACAUCUGUUCACUGACUCUCAGGCUCAAGUGCAGAGUACAGCGGCUCAAAUGGGGAUCAACUUCCAUUUUAUUCCUGCAUAUUCACCGGUGUUCGGCGGUUUAUGGGAAUCUGCCGUCAAAAGUGUAAAAUACCAUCUUAAGAGACUACUUGGUAGUCACACAUUCACAUAUGAGCAGCUGUACACUGUCCUGGUGCAAAUUGAGGGAGUCUUAAACUCCAGACCACUCAUGCCUAUGUCUUCUGAUGUAAAUGACACGUCAUAUCUUACUCCUGGGCAUUUUCUUACGGGAGCAUCAAUGUCCUCUCUCCCGGAACGAGAUAUCAGUAAUGUACCAGAAAAUAGACUGAAAUUUUGGUCAAAAUGUACUGCUUUAAAGCAGCAAUUUUGGAAACAAUGGUCAAAACAAUACUUAAAUGUUUUACAAAACAGACCCAAGUGGAAAACUAGUUAUCCUGAUGUAAGUAUAGGUGACCUUGUUAUUCUAAAAGAAUUAGAUCAACCUCCAAUGACUUGGCCAAUGGCACGAGUAACAAACAUAUUUCCUGGUGCAGAUGGCAAAGUAAGAGCCUUAGAAGUUAUAAAAGCCAAUGGCAGAAGUCAUAGGACGUCGGUCACAAAAAUAUGUUUAUUACCCAUACAAUAAAUGCCUUGUAUUAGUUUAUACUUUGUUUA